UUACCUAAUCCUCAACCUGGUCACCGUUGCACAUGUCGCUAGGCAGACAGAAGGCAGCUUAUCGCCUCUGACCUGAGCUCGACUUGUUACCCUUCGAUGACGAUGACAUCGUCCAAAGAGACCCCAUUUCCAUCGCCAGGCUCGUCUUUCCUGCCUCCCCCCAUCCCAGUUGCACACGAAUUUGCACUAUUAAGAAAACAUUCCAAAGAUGGAGAUCUGCACCAAGACGACCCCGGCCACAUUCCCAAUAUCAGGCCUAGUGCCAGUCCCCCAGCUGACGACGUCGACCCUCCCAAUGGAGUGGUAAGUCCUAUACGUGUAUUGACUCUUGUUCGCUCGUUCCUACCCCGCUUCAUCGAUUUACCCCAAAACUCGCCACACACUCCAUCCGAGGAACCGCCGACGACACUCCCGUCCUCAGGCUUCGCACCGACCCCGACCUCCUGCCAAUCCAUUCACGACGUCCACAGAUUAAGCACGCAUUCCACGACUUCUCUCACAUCGUCCCGUCCAGCUCCACCUUCUCCAGUUAUAUCCCGUCGUGCUUCGGGUCGGCGUUCCCGUCCGCCAUCUGGUACCACAACAUCGAGACCUCCCUCAACAAGCAUGGGACCCUCCUCUCUCUCACCUUCUACUACCACUGGUCGUCGACCAAAAGACAUCUCAAACACCCCCAUGUCCUGCUAUGACCUCGACACGCCCCUCUCCUACCCAUCAUCCCAGCCCCGAUCUCUGACUACACCGACUCCCCAUCUCAUCUGUAUCCGUGACUACGCAUUUCCCUCCACUGACGUCCGCUUCUCAGGCAAUGGCCCGCAUGUACCGCGCCCAAACCGACCACGCGUUCUAGCCCGUAAACUCCGCAAACGCACACAUUCCUCCACGUCUACUGCGUCCACAACUUCGUCUACGACUACAACCACCACUAGCAGUGAGAAUGGAGAUGGCGGGAACGAUGAUGACGAUAGUUGGGGAAACCAAAAUGGGUGGGGAGCGUUCAGAUGGGGAUGGGGUAUACCCCCCCGUAUGGGUAUGAGCAGCCGUAAUGCCUCCGACAUUACAAGCCCCGACGUACCCAGCCGAUCUGACCUAGAUCGCAACUUCGAAGCUGACUCGGAUUCGGAUGCUGAGUACCUCGAUGUCGAGGAAGACUUUCCCGCCGAUUCCGCAGAUCUUUCUUUCUCACAAGCCGACGAGGACGAGGACGAGGACCUCGCUGGGGAUGACCUCCUGCCAGGUCUCUAUCGCGCGCUCUAUCCCUUUGAACCCGAAGGCACAGCCGAAAUGCGAUUGGAAGAAGACCAGGUUGUACGUGUUCUCGGGCGAGGUGGAGGUGUAGGCUGGGCAGUCGUCGUCAAGGACGGACUCAAAGAUGCUGGGCUGCACGCACUGGUUCCAGAGAGCUACUUGGAGGUAUUGAAAUUGGAUUGUGAGGGCGAGGAUGACGUUGACCCUAAUGUCGACUACGAGACAGAGGGCAGAAAGAUGCAUGACACCUGAACACACCACCUGCGUCUAGGUAGCCAUCCGCUUGCGCAGGCGUAGUGGGACGACGCGACGAUUCACUAGCACUACAGGUUACUGCCAGUUCUCUGUUUUCCCAUCGACUCUGUUCUGUCUCGUUAUAGUGUUGUUAGUGUCAUUUGUACACUUGUUUGUACCUGUUGGUGUCUUUUUUAUCAAUACAUUCACACACAUUUCUUUUACUUUAAGUAGCUGUCAAGGGUUGGAAUGCUGUCAAUCAGGCGUUUGGCGCAUCAGGGC